CAAGCGGUUGUUGAAAUUGUGAGACUGGGACAGUACAUCCUGCACACUGAGCACAUUGAGAGUUUUCAGUCUUCAGCCCUGAAUUGCAGGUCAUGUUGCUCUCCAGUCUGGCACUUCUCGGCCUGCUAGCCGUCUCUCCUUCUGCUGCUGCACCACACUUGGAUUCUUUUUCUGGGCUGGACUCGGCCCGCGCUGGUUCCUCCCGGAACAAGCUGUUGUUGAUCUCCUUUGAUGGGUUCCGCUGGGACUACGACCUUGACGUGGACACCCCGAACCUGGACAAGAUGACCCAGGAUGGAGUGAAGGCAACCUACGUCACUCCACCCUUCCUCACACUCACCAGCCCAUCACACUUCACCUUGCUUACAGGGCGGUACACAGAGAACCAUGGUGUGAUUCACAACAUGUGGUUCAACACAACCACCCUGGAAAAUAAAGAUUUCUAUACGUCACAAUUUGUUGAUUCCUAUUGGGACAAUGGCAGCCUGCCCAUCUGGAUAACUGCACAGAGACAGGGUCUAAAAACAGGGUCCCUACACUUCCCUGGCAGUGCAGUCAAAUACCAAGGAGAAACCGUGGCAGUGAAGCAAGUGGAGUCCCGUUUCUACGACCAUGCCAAUGAGACAGACUGGAGGUUGAACAUCGACAAGGUGAUUGGAGAGUGGUUCGAGCAGCAGGACCUGGACUUUGUCUCUUUGUACUUUGGAGAGCCAGAUCAUAUUGGGCACAAACACGGACCAGAUUCCCCAGAGCGUCGGGAGAUGGUCCGACAAGUGGACCGCACUAUAGGCUACAUCCGGGACAAGAUCCAAGAACACGGCCUCACCAACCACCUCAACAUUAUCAUCACUGCCGACCAUGGCAUGGCCACAGUGCUGCAAGAUAGACUGGUUCAAGAGAUAAUCCUAUCAAAGAUCCCUGGCUUCAGCUUCAAGGAUAUCCAGUUUCAGCUGGUGGAUUAUGGUCCAACUGGGAUGCUGCUUCCCAAAGAAGGGAUGCUGGAGAAGGUCUACCGGGCUCUGAAAGGCGCCCACCCUCACCUAAAUGUGUACAAAAAGGAGGACAUGCCAGCUCGACUGCACUAUAGCAAACACCCAAGACUCCUUCCACUCAUCCUCAUUGCCGACCCUGGAUAUGUCAUCAGUGGGAUCCGGCCAUUGCAGUUCAACAAAGGGGAACAUGGCUUCGACAACCAAGUGAUGGACAUGAAGCCCUUCUUCAGGGCCGUGGGGCCUGACUUCCGGAAGAACUUGUUAGUGGGGCCCUUUGAGACGGUCAACGUGUACCCACUGAUGUGUCAUCUGCUAAACAUAACCCCGGAGGAUAACGACGGCCACCUAGACAAUACCAAACACAUGCUGGUUCCACAGAUAGAAACAAGAAAAGCCAACCAUAGUAAGAUACUAUCUCUAAUACACUACAAUCUUGCCUGACCUUGUUUUUUUUUUUUUGCUGUGUGACUUACAAUAAAAGGUGAGUAUACAAUUCAGCUUCACAAAUGAUGAAAUAAGAUACUGAUUUCAU